AUGGAGUUAUUGAAUAGAUGGAUGCAAGCCGCUGGAGACAACGAUGUAGAAGCUGUAAGCUGUUUACAGAGUAGCAAUUCAACUCUGUUGGACGUACGGCACCCUCAUACUGGUCGCACAGCAUUGCUGCAUGCAUCCGCUUGGGACGCCCACGACGUUGUCAGCUUUCUUCUUGAGCAUGGAGCGGGUGUCCUCGUGACGGAUGCCGAUGGAAACUCAAUUCUACAUCUCGCUACAGCGGCGAACGCGGUAACCUCGUUGCAACUGAUGUUACGGCAUCUUCGUCAGUCCUCGUUCCUCGAUGAAGAAUGGACUCGAACACUGGUUAACCAGCGAAAUCGUUUUGGAUUCACCGCCCUGGUGAUCGCUGGAGAAGAGGGGUUCACCGAGUGUUGCGUCGCGUUAAUCGACGAAGGUGGCGCUGAUACAACACUACCGCUUCUGGAAGUGCCUCACCUCACUGCUACAGAUCUAGCACUGCGCAAAGGUCAUCAUGAAGUCGUCAAUGUUUUGCGCCGGUAUGCACAUUAA